AUGUCCGCCUCCUCCCUGAACCUCGCCAGGACACGGUCAACCAGCGCUGGGCGUGAUGGUCUCCCUUCCGCACGUCCAGCUCGCCCGCCGCUCCAGAACCGAACAUACUCGGCCCCCGUGGGCAAGCUGCACCUCCAGGCCGGCCGUUCGGGCAAGCAGGACGCCGCUGGGUUUACGGCAAUCGCAGAGAACGAGGCGACGAUGACGGGUCAGGAACCCGAAGACAAGGAGAAGGAGAAGGACAGCUCGGAGGAGGCUGCUACGUCUGGACACCAGCUGCCGCAGGUGAAUCUAGCAGUGGUGGGAGCUGCGGGCGUGGGCAAGUCGACGUUUGUCAAGUGCGCGCUCGACCUGAAGCAGACGCCGCUGGUUCGGUCCUCGAUCAAGAAGAUGUCCAUGGACGGAGCUAUCUACGUGGUCCGGCUGCUGGAAAUCGCCAUCCACAAGAUCACCCUGGACGACCGCGGCCGCAUCGUGUGGCCCAAGUGUCUGGGCGAGCAGGCGCUGUCUCCCAUCGACGGGGUUCUCUGCCUCUUCGAUUCGACCGAUCUCCGCAGCGUGUCCCAGUACCCACAGGUCCUUGGUAAGACCCAGCCUCUCCCUCGGUGUCGGUGUCGGUGUCGGUGUCGCUCUCGCUUGUUUGUUUCUUUUCUUUUCUUUUCUUUUUUGCCCUUCUUUGCGUCGUUUGUUCUGCCUGGAUUCCGCCGGGUCAUCAGCGCUGCUGGUACAACUGCUGAACGGACGGAAUAUUAUUAG